UCUCCCAAGAUGUGAAGAAAGGAUUUGUUCUCAAUACCUUACAGAAAGGUCCUUGUUCUUCCAAAAACAGCCGUUGUUUACUAAACACAACUCAUAGUGUCGACAUGGUUUGCCAAGAAGAGCUCUUGAUACAGAAAGUCUGCGAUUUGUAUAAUCAAAUCGCAAGCCUUGAAACACUCAAACCAUCCAAAAAUGUCGACAUGCUUUUCACAAACCUUGUUCUCACGUGCAUGCCUCCAAACCCUAUUGAUGUUAACAAGCUAUGCAAGAAAAUCCAAGAAAUGAGAUCUAAACUCAUUAGACUAUGUGGAGAAGCUGAAGGUCAUUUAGAGACUCAUUUCUCUUCACUCUUAGCCUCUUUUGAAAACCCUCUGGACCAUCUUAACUUAUUUCCUUAUUAUUCAAACUAUCUUAAGCUUAGCCUACUUGAGUUCAAUAUCCUUAGUCAACAUCACCCUCAAAUUCCUAACCAAAUUGCUUUUAUUGGUUCUGGUCCUCUUCCUCUGACUUCGAUUGUGUUAGCUUGUAAACAUCUUACUACAACCACUUUCCAUAACUAUGACAUUGACCGGGCAGCGAAUUCGAAUGCGAUUCGCUUGGUCGAAUCCGAUCCUGACUUGUCUAAGAGAAUGUUGUUUCACACAGCUGAUGUGAUGAGUGUUGAGAAUGGACUAAAAGAGUUUGAUGUAGUUUUCUUGGCGGCUCUAGUUGGAAUGGAUAAGGAGGAGAAGAUUAAAGUGAUUCAUCAUUUGGCUAAAUAUAUGGCUCCUGGUGCUAUUCUAAUGCUAAGGAGUGCUCAUGGUGCUAGGGCUUUUCUCUAUCCUGUGGUGGAUCCUUGUGAUCUCCGAGGAUUCGAAGUUCUUUCUGUGUUUCAUCCGACUGAUGAGGUGAUCAAUUCAGUUGUUAUCGCUCGUAAACAUCAAGUCCCUAUACAAUCUAUUGAUCAGCAAGGUAUUGUCCCUAACAUAUUUCUUCCUAGCAAGUGCUCGGAGAUUCAAGGUUUUAAUCCACUUAAGGCCCUUAACCAUGGAAAUAUGAUUGAGGAAUUUGCCAUCGAGGAACAACUCUCAUAAACUUUCUAUCCCUUAGUCUCUUAAUUUCUUCUAUUUUCUAGAUAACUAUCCUAUAAUAUGCGAUCAUCCGCAUAGAAAUUGGAUCUUGAAAUUUCGUCUUGUAUGCUUAUUAUGAUGAAUUUUUAACAUAUCUAUUGUUAUUUCAUCACAUAACAAAUCAUGUACUAUUGUGACUUCCUCCGUGUUUAUUAUGUCUUUAUUAUAUUUAACUUCUGGUGAGAAUAAACAUCCUCAUAUAUUUAAA